AUCGCGGAGCGCGCUCGCUCCGUUCUCGCGCAAGGGGGACGGGCUUCCGAUCGACGCGGCCGCCGCUUAAAUGGGCAACGACGCACGUUGCAGCCGUCAUAACGAGUCAAGACAGACAGACAGUCCGACGCAACGUCCGCUCCGCUGCCGUUGUUGUUGUUGUUAGUAAUCGUUAACGUCAAAUAUCUCGACUGUAUACCACGACACAAUGCCUCCCAAGACUAGCGGCAAGGCUGCCAAGAAGGCCGGAAAGGCGCAGAAGAACAUUUCGAAGGGCGACAAGAAGAAGAAGCGCAGGAGGAAGGAGAGCUACGCCAUCUACAUCUACAAAGUGCUCAAGCAAGUCCAUCCCGACACCGGGAUCUCGAGCAAGGCGAUGAGCAUCAUGAACAGCUUCGUGAACGACAUUUUCGAGCGCAUCGCCGCGGAAGCGUCCCGUCUGGCUCACUACAACAAAAGGUCCACCAUCACCAGCAGAGAGAUCCAGACGGCCGUGCGGCUGCUCUUGCCGGGCGAGCUGGCAAAGCACGCCGUCAGCGAAGGCACCAAGGCCGUCACGAAAUACACCAGCUCCAAAUAAAUAGACAAGCAAGCAAGCGAGCAGGCAACAAAACGCGCCGGCUGGCGUAUACAUGCAUAAAUCGGUUCUUUUCAGAACCACAACGUUCUCUCGCAACAUUCGAAAACGUUCGAUAGCUGUUUUUCUUUUUUUUUUUUCUUUUCUCUCUUUUUUUUUUCUGUUCCGACCACUUCACGCUCGCUGUCUUUUAACAUAGCCACCACCUCUUUGUCUUUCUCGGCGCUCGUGCGAGCGACGUACGCGUCUG